AUGGCUCGUCGAAGAGCUGCUAUGUCCUUUGGUACUGGGAGUUCCAUGAGUGGUCGGAGACGUUCAGGAUCAGGUUUGAUGGAACGAUAUGAUAUCAGGUACCCAAUAAAUGAAGAAACAAGUCAUCAUGAUAAUAGUGACAAUGCAAGUAAUGAAACCCUUGAAGAACAAACAAUUGGUCUGACGGAUAGUCUUACUACAAUCUCAGUUGAAGCAUCCUCACCUUCUUGCAGCUUCACCCAAAAUCAGUCUAAAUCCCCUGUCCGAGAAGUUUACGGCUCCAAAAAGGGGAAGAAAACUGUGACCGAGUCCGAAGGGGAACUCAAAGGGAAGGGCCAUUUCCGUAAUCGCAAGUGGUCCUCUUCAGAUGAAGAGUCAGAGAACGAAGAUAGGCGCCAUGCUACGAAGUACGGCUCCAAAAAGGGGAAGAAAACUGUGACCGAGUCCGAAGGGGAACCCAAAGGGAAGGGCCAUUCCCGUAAUCGCAAGUGGUCCUCUUCAGAUGAAGAGUCAGAGAACGAAGAUAGGCGCCAUGCUACGAAGUACGGCUCCAAAAAGGGGAAGAAAACUGUGACCGAGUCCGAAGGGGAACCCAAAGGGAAGGGCCAUUCCCGUAAUCGCAAGUGGUCCUCUUCAGAUGAAGAGUCAGAGAACGAAGAUAGGCGCCAUGCUACGAAGUACGGCUCCAAAAAGGGGAAGAAAACUGUGACCGAGUCCGAAGGGGAACCCAAAGGGAAGGGCCAUUCCCGUAAUCGCAAGUGGUCCUCUUCAGAUGAAGAGUCAGAGAACGAAGAUAGGCGCCAUGCUACGAAGGUAUCCAAGGCUAUAGGCCUACCACCUCCGCCACUACAAAAUCUACUCUGA